UCCCUCAUGAUUUUCAGGGAUGGGCCCACUUUACCAACUGAAAUCCAACCACAGUCCACACUCCACAGACCCCUUUGCCUUAGCCCGUAAGAUUACGUGGAAAUCGUGCUUUGCCUUGGCCUGCCCUUCUUGGCGCAUUGUUUCGUCCGUCUCGAGUCUCGACUGUGACCCUCGACGCCUGGAGCUCUGACUUGGGAGGUGGAGGUGAGACGGCGCGGCAGCAAUGGCUCACCGGCUGCUGCACGGCACCCUCCACGCCACCAUCUUGGAGGCCGACAACCUCACCAACCCCGACCGCGCCACCGGCGGCGCCCCCCAGAUCUUCCGCAGGUUCGUGGAGGGGUUCGAGGAGACGAUCGGGCGCGGCAAGGGGUCGACUCAGCUGUACGCCACCGUCGACCUCGGCAAGGCGCGCGUCGGCCGGACGCGGGUCAUCGCCGGCGACCCGGUGAACCCGCGCUGGUACGAGGAGUUCCACAUCUACUGCGCCCACUUCGCCGCCGACGUCGUCUUCACCGUCAAGGCCGCGCAGCCCAUCGGGGCCACGCUCAUCGGCCGCGCCUACCUCCCCGUCCGGGACCUGCUCGACGCCGGCGGCCAGGAGAUCGAGCGCCGGCUCGACGUACUCGACCCCAGUAAGAAGAAGAUCCACCACGGGCCCACGAUCCAUGUGCGGCUCAGGUUCUGCGACGUCGCUGCCAACCGCCGCGAGUGGGGCGCGGGCCUCGGCGGCGCGCGGCACCCCGGCGUGCCCUACACCUUCUUCUCCCAGCGGCCCGGCUGCAGGGUCACCCUGUACCAGGACGCGCACACCCCGGACGCGUUCGCGCCCAGGAUCCCGCUCUCCGGCGGCCGGACCUACCAGCAGGGGCGGUGCUGGGAGGACGUGUUCGACGCCAUCAGCGACGCGCGCCACCUGAUAUACGUCACCGGCUGGUCGGUGUACACCGAGAUCACGCUGAUACGGGACGGCUCCCGGCCGCGCCCCGGCGGCGAUGCCACCCUCGGCGAGCUCCUCAAGCGCAAGGCCAGCGAGGGCGUGCGCGUGCUCAUGCUGGUCUGGGACGACCGCACCUCCGUUGAGUCCCUCGGCAUGACGUGGGGGUACAUGGGGACGCACGACGCCGAGACGGCGGAGUACUUCCGCGGCACCGACGUGCAGUGCGUCCUCUGCCCGCGGAACCCCGACAUCGGCAGGAGCGCCGUCAUGGGCUUGCAGACUGCCUACAUGAUCAGCCACCACCAGAAGAUUAUCGCGGUCGACCACGACAUGCCGGUGAGGGGAAGCUCGAGCCGCCGCCGCAUCGUCAGCUUCGUCGGCGGCCUCGACCUCUGCGACGGGCGCUACGACACGCAGUUCCACUCCCUGUUCAGGACGCUGGACACGGCGCACCACAACGACUUCCAUCAAACCAAUUUCGUCGACACGUCCAUCAGCAAGGGUGGGCCGAGGGAGCCAUGGCACGACAUCCAUGCCAAGAUCGAAGGUCCGGCCGCGUGGGACAUCCUCUACAACUUCGAGCAGAGGUGGAGGAAGCAAGGCGGUGACAAUGACCUCCUCGUCGAUCUGAAAGCCUUGGCGAACCUGAUCAUACCGCCAUCAACCGUUACGUUCCCCGAUGACCAGGAGGCGUGGAAUGUGCAGGUCUUCCGGUCCAUCGACGGCGGCGCAAGCUUCGGCUUUCCUAACACCCCUGAGCAAGCUGCUCGAUCAGGCCUUGUCAGUGGCAAGAACAACACCCUUGACAGGAGCAUACAGGAUGCCUACAUCCAUGCGAUACGCCGUGCACAGCACUUCAUCUACAUUGAGAAUCAGUAUUUCCUUGGCAGCUCAUUCGCGUGGAAGGCCGACGACAUAAGGCCAGAGGAAAUCGAGGCGUUGCAUCUGAUUCCCAGAGAGCUCUCGCUGAAGAUUGUGAGCAAGAUUGAGGCUGGUGAGCAUUUUGUGGUCUAUGUGGUGGUGCCAAUGUGGCCGGAAGGUGCUCCUGAAGGUGGAUCUGUGCAGGCAAUACUGGAUUGGCAGAGAAGGACGAUGGACAUGAUGUACCAUGACAUUGCCAUCGCACUUGAGGCGAAGGGGAUCGACGCGAGCCCCAAGGAUUACCUCACCUUCUUCUGCUUAGGGAACAGGGAGGUGAAGAGGAGUGGGGAGUAUGAACCCGCUGAUCGUCCAUUGCCUGGGUCAGCCUAUGAAAGGGCACAAAACGCUCGGCGGUUCAUGAUCUAUGUUCACUCCAAGAUGAUGAUAGUUGAUGACGAGUACAUCAUCGUCGGAUCUGCCAACAUCAACCAGCGGUCAAUGGACGGGGGGAGGGACUCCGAGAUUGCCAUGGGCGCAUUCCAGCCACACCACCUGAACGCCAAAGGCCAGGUUGCCAGAGGGCAGGUCCAUGGCUUCCGGAUGUCGCUGUGGUAUGAGCACCUUGGAAUGCUGCACAACGAUUUCGUCAGCCCGGGAAGCCUGGAGUGUGUCCAGAGGGUGAACAAGAUGGCUGACAAGUACUGGGACCUCUAUGCUAGUGAUGAACUGAACGACGACCUCCCUGGGCACCUUCUCACCUACCCGGUUGCCGUGACAAAGGACGGCACGGUGACGGAGCUGCCCGGUGCGAGGUGCUUCCCCGACACGCAGGCUCCGGUGCUUGGAAUCAAAUCCAAACACCUGCCCCCUAUUCUCACCACAUAGGAUGCAUUUGCAUAGUUGCAACCUCGGCAAUGCUAGAUGAUGCUUCUAGCUAGAUAUGAUGCGCUUCCCGCACUGUAAGCUUAUUCUAUUGUUGCUACCUCUAUAUGAUGGUUCUAGUCAGAGUCUAUAGCUGAUCGUCUUACCUAAAGCCUGAACAUUCUGCUGGCUAGCCUUGGUCUGUCUUGCAAGAUGCAUACUUGAGAGUACUGAAGCUUGAAGAUUUGGCAAUGCUUCAUCUCA